GUCAUCGUGUCUGUGAUAAUAACAGCACGGUAUAUCUUAUUUGACUGCAUUUGGACGAGUACACGUUAAUCUUUAUUGCGUUCGAUGUUAACCGUGGUUAUUUUUACUUUUAUUUCCGGGAGAAUAUGCGGUUGUUGAGCAUUGUUAAAAACGGUCAACAUAUCCCCGGAGUUUAUUGCAAUGGGCGCAGAUAAAUCGUAUGAUAUUUUGGGGAACUCUUCCAUCUCCACAAGUAUUCUGACUUUCGAGGAAAAUUAAACGCGUUAUUCGUGUUUUUAACGGCUUCCUGUAUGAUACUGCCUCUUACAGGUAAAUUAUUGAAAUGAUAUGAACAUGCCUAAAAUACUGAAUACCGAAUUUGGACAUGAUGGAACACUUUAACCACCGAGGUUGUAAACAAGUGCUGAAGAUAAAAGAUUGAACAUAAAACAUAAACUAUAAAUAAAAUACUACUAUUACUACUGCUGGUGCUACCACUACUACUACUACUAUUAUCAUUAUUAUUAGUAGUAGUAGUAGUAGUAGUAAUAUCUUCUAAUUAAAUAUACAAGAAGAGCUCCCUUAACAUUAGCAUUGGGCAUACAAGAGGUCCAAUUUUUUUUUUCCUACUCUUAUUGCACAGUCUACGAAGUCUGCGAAGUUGUUAGUAGAUGAGAGAGACGAACAUGACCCUAUAAUGCCAAAUGCAUCAAAUUUGAUACAAGCAUUUCUGAGACCUAUUGCAUCACUUUAUGGUAAAACCGUCACUCAAAGCCCUCUUGUAUCCAGUCUGAUACUUGUCUUCCACCCCCUAGUGGAUAUCUUUAUCACUACAACAAUUCAGACACCGUUCAUGGGACAAUCCAAGAUGGCACCCUUCUGAAAGUUCCCUGGAUCAAGAUGGCUAAAGGGUACACGGCUGAAGAUGUCCUACGCUUCCUUGAUGGCAAUUUAACUGACAGAUGUCUGUAGAUGAACAAGUGUUGGAUAAAGAUUGUACCCGUAAUGCAGACUAUAGUGAAGAGAACUCUGGUUCUGGUAGUAGCGAUGAGGAAGAUACAACUCUUGAUGAUAGGCUUGAAGAGGAAGAGGAGGGUCUAACAAUGUCACAGGCAACAAAACAGUGAUAGAAGCAAAGUGAAAAGAAAAGAGAAGAGAAAGGCACAUCCAGCUGUUGAGUUUGAUCAAAGUAAUGACCCAAUGAGUACAAAAGAAGAGGGUCCAACAACAUCACAGGUAACCAAUCAGUGGGGAAGAAGCAAAGUAAAAAGAGAAGAGAAGAGGAGAAAGCCACAUACACCUACUGUUUGGUCCCUGUACGGAAGAAACCUGAAAGCACUGGACCUAAAGAAAAACACUAUCCCCCUGAGAAGAUUUUAGGCAUCAAUUGGCUUUUCCUUGGUAGGCGCAGGAAAAGCAAAACUCAGGGUUGGCAGACCACUCCCCUGUCCACCACACAAUCACCAACACCACCACAGAGCAGGUGGCGAUCGACCAGUGUGCCUCCGAUGUCAGGGGAGAUAUGGUCAACCACUUCCCAUCCUGGGAAAAAAAGCGAAAAAGGUGCAAGCACUGCACAGGACAUUUUUCCUAUGUGCGCUGUGGAAAAUGCAAACUCCAACUCUGCUGCUUUUCUGUGCUAGUUGUAGGGGUGCACAUACUUAUGUUUAGUUGGCGUUAGUAUUAUGUACUUGGAUAUACUUUACCCAAGUAAGGUGUUCUCUUGAGCCCCAAAUCUAAAGAAACACACCCUGAAGUACUAGAAGCCUUUCGCAUAUGCAGGUGAGUUUAUACAAUGCUUUUCGACCGCCCUGGCUUGCCGUACUUACUUCCACUUCCGGGAGUUUGUUUUCAUCCAGGGAUACGAGGGAGUGCAGCACAUCAGGGACGUUCUUUCCCUGCUUCCUUCUAGAAUAUUUUUAUACUCAUUUGCAGACUCUCUGCCGUUACUACGAGGGUAAUGCAGAACUUUAAACUCACUCGAGACAAACUGUACAGCACCAGGUGCUGUGGAUGUUGCCAUGUCCGGACGGGGACCAUCAUCCUCGGAACAUGGUACAUGGUAAUCAACCUGUUGAUGGGAAUCCUGCUAACAGUUGCAGCGACCCAUCCGGAAAGCGUUCCUUCUGUCAAUUUACAGUAUGCCGUUAUUGACCAUUACCUAACAUCAGACAGGAUGUCAGGUAAUGCCGGUGCCGGUUUGGCCAUUUCUCUGCUGAUGGUCACUAUCAGCGCUAUGAUGCUGUAUGGCGCCAUUACUCACCGCAGUAGGCUGCUCAUCCCGUUCUUCUGCUACCAGAUGUUCGACUUCGCUCUGAGCUGCCUGGUGGCCUGCAGCUCUCUCACCUACCUGCCCAGGAUACAGGAGUACCUGGACCAGCUGCCGGAUUUCCCAUACAAGGAUAACCUCCUGUCUCUGGACCCCCGGUUCCUGUUCUUCUUCGUGCUAGUCCUCUUCACCUUCCUCAUUGUCCUCAAGGCAUACUUGAUGAACUGUGUGUGGAACUGCUACAAGUACAUCAACAACAGGAACAAGCCGGAUGUCGCCGUCUUCCUCUCCUUUGAGAAUCAGCCCCAGUCCGCCCUGCCCACCUACGAGAUGGCAGUAAACAUGCCCGACAAGGACCCUCCCCCGCCUUACAUGCCAUCUUAAGGACCAGCCCCAC